UAUAUAGUUUGUGAUCAAGGAACAACAACAACUUCCCUAUAUAAUAUAAUGUACUCUGUGACAACAACCAAAAGCCAAAUAAGGGUUAAGGGUAGCUUGCUACAUAUAUAUUUAUCUAUGAAUGAAUAAGGGUUUAUUAUUACAAGAAAAGUAUAAUUAUUUAAAAAAAAUGGGUGACGAAGAUGUAAUACGAAGACGAUUGCUAAUCGAUGGCGAUGGCACUGGAGAUGAUAGGCGUUUAAAUGUUUUGUUAAAAACAUUAAUCAAAUGGUGUAAUAGCACAGAUGAAAAGCCGGAGGAGAGCAAAUCAACACAUGACAGAAUGUUGGCACAGCUUGCCCAAUGUGAAUUUGCAGUGACUAAGUCUCAGUUAGGUGCAGAAAUGAUGACAGCAGAGUUAAAAAGUUAUGAAUCAUUAUCAAAAAUACUAGAAACAGGCAUAGAAGUUGCCAAAAAUAAUAUAGAGAAAAGUAAAUCUGAUCUAGCACAAGCAAAAACAGUACGUAAAAACCGUAUAGAAUAUGAUGUUCUAGCUAAAGUAAUAAGUGAACAACCUGAUAGAAAAGAAACUCUUGAGCAUCUUAGUACUUUGAAAACAGAUUUAAGCAGCUUAGAAGCUACAAAACAGCAACUGGAGAGUAAAUUAGCAUUAAGGAAGAAGCAAUUUCAUGUUUUAGUGACUUCAAUGCACCAAUUGCAAGCCCUUUUAGAUGAACCAGAUGAAACAGAGUCCAUUUGUGAUGAUGUGGAAAUGAAAUAUAUUUCAAAUGUGUCAGCAUAGUUUAUAUAGCCAAAUAAACAUAGAAUAAUGGCAAGGCAAAAGGAAGUUGUGAUAAGGAUCUUUGAAGUUUUUAUAAGUGUAUGUAUUUGCAUAAGACUAAGUAUUAAAUAACUCUUAAAACAUGUAAUUAUUUAUUUUAUUUUAACCCGACUAUGGUGGUGGCUAAAAUAGGGAAUGGUUUUGGUAUUAUUCCCUAGUUAAGUCAAAAUAUUUUUAUUCAUAAUUGACUUUUGUCAUCAUUGGCAACAUGCACUGGUUCUACUAUGAAUGGAUUGGUUAUAUGAAAUUUAAGAAUAAUACCACAGAGUACCUUCUAGUAAUUCUGAGGAAUUAAUACCUAAUUGGUUACAAAAUGUUGUAGUUGGGUUGAUUGUUUUAAAUAUUAACUAUGUAGUGAUUCGCAACAGAUACAAGCUUCUCUACUGUUUCUACACUAACUUGUGGAUAAAACUGCUUAUGAUCAUCAUUUAUGGUUGUUAUGUAUUGAUAAUGUUGAGGCUAAAAUUGUAAUAUCUGUGUCAAGGUAGAUUUGAUUAAAUGAGUUUGUUUUGCUACU